ACUUCUUGCAGGAAAGUACCACUCUAAAAAUGGACUUUUCCUAGCAACUAUUCCAGUCUCUUCUCCCACCUACUGACCUCUGCUGCCUAUGUCUCAGAUCUUACUGUCGCUUCACUAAGAGUUGAGGCCUGCUAGGCUGAAGGGAGCAGCAGGAUGCUUCGGUGGUCUGCCAUUUGGGGGCUGUCGCUUCCUCGGAUCUUCCCCUCCUUGCUAGUGGUGGUCGCCUUGGUGGGCCUGUUACCGGUCCUCAGCCCCACAGCCAGCACCAUCCCAGGGUCUGAGCCACCCCGAGAACGCUCGAUUGGGGAUGUCACCACUGCCCCACCGGAGACACCACACCACCCAGUGAGCUACCCUGUGAACCAUUCCGUGGAACAUGGCUCCAAGCAUAGAAAGGCCUUUCCAGUCCUGGGCAUCGACUAUACACACGUGCGCACACCCUUUGAGAUCUCCCUCUGGAUCCUGCUGGCCUGCCUCAUGAAAAUAGGUUUCCAUGUGAUCCCCACUAUCUCAAGCAUCGUCCCGGAGAGCUGCCUGCUGAUCGUGGUGGGGCUGCUGGUGGGGGGCCUGAUCAAGGGCGUGGGCGAGACGCCCCCCUUCCUGCAGUCAGAUGUCUUCUUCCUCUUCCUGCUGCCACCCAUCAUCCUGGACGCGGGCUACUUCCUGCCCCUGAGGCAGUUCACAGAGAACCUGGGCACCAUCCUGAUCUUCGCUGUGGUGGGCACACUGUGGAAUGCCUUCUUCUUGGGCGGCCUCAUGUUUGCCGUGUGCCAGGUGGGCGGUGAGCAGAUCAACAACAUCGGCCUGCUGGACACCCUGCUCUUCGGCAGCAUUAUCUCGGCUGUGGACCCGGUGGCUGUGCUGGCUGUCUUUGAGGAGAUCCACAUCAAUGAGCUGCUGCACAUCCUGGUCUUCGGGGAAUCACUGCUCAAUGACGCCGUCACUGUGGUCCUGUAUCACCUCUUUGAGGAGUUUGCCAACUAUGACCGCGUGGGCAUUGUGGACAUCGUUCUCGGCUUCCUGAGUUUCUUCGUGGUGGCUCUGGGCGGGGUGUUCGUCGGUGUGGUCUACGGCAUCGUGGCAGCCUUCACCUCUCGGUUCACCGCCCACAUCCGCGUCAUUGAGCCGCUCUUCGUCUUCCUCUACAGCUACAUGGCCUACCUGUCAGCGGAGCUGUUCCACCUGUCGGGCAUCAUGGCACUCAUCGCCUCAGGAGUGGUCAUGCGUCCCUACGUGGAGGCCAACAUCUCCCACAAGUCCCACACCACCAUCAAGUAUUUCCUGAAGAUGUGGAGCAGUGUCAGCGAGACUCUCAUCUUCAUCUUUCUUGGCGUCUCUACUGUGGCUGGCUCCCACCACUGGAACUGGACCUUCGUCAUCUGCACCCUGCUCUUCUGCCUCGUCGCCCGGGUGCUGGGUGUGCUGGGCCUGACUUGGUUCAUAAACAAGUUCCGCAUUGUGAAGCUGACCCCCAAGGACCAGUUCAUCAUUGCCUAUGGGGGCCUGCGAGGGGCCAUCGCCUUCUCCCUGGGCUACCUCCUAGACAAGAAGCACUUCCCCAUGUGUGAGCUGUUCCUCACUGCCAUCAUCACUGUCAUCUUCUUCACCGUCUUUGUACAGGGCAUGACCAUUCGGCCGCUGGUAGAUCUGUUGGCUGUGAAGAAAAAGCAGGAAACGAAACGCUCCAUCAAUGAGGAGAUUCACACACAGUUCCUGGACCACCUUCUGACAGGCAUUGAGGACAUCUGUGGCCACUACGGCCACCACCACUGGAAGGACAAGCUCAACCGCUUUAAUAAGAAGUAUGUGAAGAAGUGCCUGAUAGCCGGCGAGCGCUCCAAGGAGCCUCAGCUCAUCGCCUUCUACCACAAGAUGGAGAUGAAGCAGGCCAUCGAGCUGGUGGAAAGUGGGGGCAUGGGCAAGAUCCCUUCCGCUGUCUCCACAGUCUCCAUGCAGAACAUCCACCCCAAGUCCCUACCUGCUGAGCGCAUCCUGCCAGCACUGUCUAAGGACAAGGAGGAGGAGAUCCGAAAAAUCCUGAGGAACAACCUGCAGAAAACCAGGCAGCGAUUGCGGUCCUACAACAGACACACACUGGUGGCUGACCCCUACGAGGAGGCCUGGAACCAGAUGCUGCUCCGGAGACAAAAGGCCCGGCAGCUGGAACAGAAGAUGAACAACUACCUGACGGUGCCUGCCCACAAGCUGGACUCACCAACCAUGUCUCGUGCUCGCAUUGGCUCAGACCCGCUGGCCUACGAGCCGAAGGCAGACUUGCCGGUCAUCACUAUCGACCCAGCCUCGCCACAGUCGCCUGAGUCUGUGGACCUGGUGAACGAGGAGCUGAAGGGCAAGGUCUUGGGGCUGAACCGGGAUCCAGUCACAGUGGCCGAGAAUGAGGAUGAUGACGACGACAGGGGCAUUAUGAUGCGGAACAAGGAGCCUUCAUCCCCAGGCACUGACGACGUCUUCACCCCUGGGCCGAGUGACAGCCCUAGCUCCCAGAGGAUACAGCGCUGCCUCAGUGACCCAGGCCCCCACCCCGAGCCUGGGGAAGGAGAGCCUUUCAUCCCCAAGGCACAGUAGCACCAGGGCAGGGGUGGCGCCCAUCCCACCACAGACUCCCACCAGAGCAGGGGCUGGAAGGGACCUGGGGGACUCCCUUCUAGCUUCCUGAGCUGGACUGGUCCUGCCCUACCCCCACCGCAUGGCAGCUGGGCCCACAGCCCCCACGCAGCACGGCUUCCCCUGCCUCCUGGGAAGCGGCCCCUGAUCCACCGGAACUGCCUUCCCAAUCCACUUGGCAG